GCCUGUUGAGUAACACUUAACCGUCCAGGCGCCCGCCCAGCUGAGUUUGUUUGCGGGAAAAUUAAGUCAUUGGUUUGAAAAAUUUCCCCUGACGCUUGCAGCUAGAAUUAAUCGGCCUGGAAAAGUUGCUAGAUUCUCGUUCGAUUUCGCCUGUGAUUCCUUCAAAAUUGAGGCAGCAUGCGCUCAAAUAGUUUCAAUACCUGAAAAUAAUAUUCAGCAAGUAGAGCGUGAUCGACUCAAAAUGGCAUUACGAGCUUCAUCAAGUCCCAACAAGGAUGGCAUGCACACGCCCGUAAAGUCAGAAAGUCUGAACAAAAAUUCCCUGAAUAUUCUUCGACGCAACAUUCUAACCUCCACGGCUCUUCGUCCUCGCGCUGUUAGUCACGCUGGACUUGGCCUCAAUGACACAGAUAUUUCGGCAAUAAACUCUCCAAGCCAUCCAAUCAGGAUUUCCAGGGAACUCGACUCAUUCUUACAGACUGGACCAAAGUCAACGUGUCAAAGGAUCAUUGCACAAGAAGCUGAUCAAAUCGAUGGCAAAUUGAACGGUCUCAACCAAACACCAAAUUUGGAACUCGCUAUGAGCCAAAAUCGUCAUUCCAAACUAGAUUUUUCAAAUUUGGAAUCAAACGACCUCUCUUCCCUUGGAAUCCUGAGACAAUCAGAAAUGAUUUCUGCUUUUGGAAGAUCAGGGGACAAAUGUAAAGAUGAUGUAGAGAACAAGCCACUAAACAAUAUUUUUACAAAUCAACCUUCAAGAGAAAUGGCUUCAUCUUUUAAAAAUGCAGAUGUUAACUCCAGUUUUGAUCUAAGUCACUUCCUCUCCUCGUCUCAAAGGUGUUCUCCUAUGAGGCCAAACAGUUUACCAGCUACUAAGUUCGAUAAUUCUGAGUUUCAACCAGCAGAUUCUUCAGUUGUUCAAAACAUGUUCAAAAGAGAUGAGGAAGAGUUCAAAAAGUUGAUGAUGCCUUUUGAAAGUGAGAUGGAACCUAGUUUGGCCUUUUCUUCGCCUUGUGUUGACGUGAGAGAGUCUUGGGUCAGUCCUGAGAAAAGAGCUGAGAUGGCUGGCAAGCGGCUAACCAUUGGACAAUACUUUAAGCUAAAGUCUUCUGAUUUAAAGGAACUUAGCCACAGUUUUGGAAAAUCGGAGAGCCCUGAAAAAACACCCACAACUCAAGUGCUUCCCACAGGAGCUAAAUUUCAAGGUUUCAAUGAAACAAUUGAUCUUACAGAUGCUAACAAAACUAGAUGCACUGUUGCGUUGAAUGAUACCAUAGAUGAAAGUUUUAAAAAUACAAUAACUCUGGACAACACAACUCUUCCUUGCAUUCAAGCUUUGAGCAUUUCUACCAUUGCUACAUUGAUGGAUGACAAGAAGGGAAGUGACACUGUUGUGCGGGAAUUGCUAGAUUUGGCCAAUAAGAAUACUAGCCCCAAAAAGCCAGUGCAGACAAUAUCAGAAGCAGUCAAUGUAUCCCCAAGAAAGGCUGCAUCUCGUCUGCCACGACCUCAAUCUAAGCUACCUCUGUCAAUAAAAACACCAACUAUUCAACAAAAUUCCAGAGGAACUGGUCACUUAGUCUGCUGCGAUAUCAAGAUUCGGGGUUCAAAGGUCGUGGCCAAUCCAUGCACUGUUACAGUCACCGCCAUGAACGAAAGUGCUGACACGCUACAAUGUGACCUGAUUGAUUUGGCCGACUGUUCAAGCUACAGCAUCACAAACCAGACACCUGUCAUGCUCCUUUCGAGGAGGAAAUCAACACUGCAGGCAACGAUUACUUUCCACCAGGCUGGUGCUGUGGAAGUCAACAUUGGAGUGAAAUCCAUGGAAAUUAGAAGCAAGAGGAAAAGUACAACUGCAGCUGAGCCUUUGAAGCUUUUCAUUGAACCCCAAAUAUACCUGAAAACCCUAUAUAAGGAUGGAAUUAGUUUUGGAUUGCAAGCUGAAGAAUCUAAAGCCACAUCUACUUUUGAAAUUGUUAACCUUUCACCCUGUGAUGUUCCAAUCUGCAUUUCAAUAGAACAGGAUAUUGUUGACCCAACGUUCUUCCUAAUUGUGCCUCCUGAGGAGCACGGAGGGAGCAUUCGAUACUCUACUUCUCUUGCAUUUACCCUCCCUGGAUCAGAAGAAAGAAGCAAUGCAACCAUUGAAAUUGGAGUCAUAUUCAUGGCUCCGAGCCUGAUCAAAAUUCCUGCUCACAUGGUAGAAAAUGAGGGAAACUGUGCCACUCUCAGGGCUCAUCUCGUGGUCGAGGUUGAGAAACAUGGCGAAGUGCAAGGCCAUGUGUCCCAUGAAAAAACUGUGUUGGCGCGUCGUCCUAUUGAAGGGACAGUUGGCUUAACUCAGCUCUUGGUGUCCAAAAAUGUUAUCACGCUUAAUCCUGGCCUAAUGCAAAAACUGGCUGUCAAGAAUGCUGGUGUAGUACCACUGGCAUUGAAAAUUGUCCCAAUGCGAAGAGAGGAAGAAGGAUCUCAAAUUGAAAAUUCCGUUCAAGUUGAUCCACCAAGCGUUUUUCUUCUACCUGAGGAGGACAAGCCUGUGAAUGUUUUGUGGUUAGCUGAUCCUGUGAAUGCCAUCAACUUUUCAUGCUAUUUGCAUUUGGUUUAUGCAAACGAUGUUGCUGAUCACGUGGUGACUAUCGAAUGCAAAGAGAAGCUACCAGUUGUCCGAGAGCGCCUCCCGUUGAGAACAACAAGACCUCAUGUUGCGUGGGGCUCUAUUAGGCCUGGUGACACUUGCAAGCAGAUAGUGAGUUUCCAAAACACUGGCUCUGAAGCCCUAGACAUUGCAUUUAGGACCACCAGAAAUGAUCAUGAUGAACCUUUCAAAAUUUUGAGCGAAAAGGAUGAGGUGACAACAGAUUUGGAAGUGCACUUUGCACCGCAACAGAAAAGGAAUAUUACAGUUAUGUUCAGCCCGACGAGAUUUGGCCCAGCUGUUGCUGACAUUCAGAUGUUGGCUAAAUCACAAAUUUUCCAGCACAAAGUGAUUCCACUGUCGGGAUUUGGUGGCCACAGCAAAAUUGCCCUCAGGCAAGUUUCAACCUCCAAAGGCAACAAAUGGAUCACUCUUAAGCCAGACUUUGGCGAUGCAGUUGUUGGUAACUUUAAUCUAUACAACGAGGGCACAAUCACUGCAUUCGUCAAAAUCACUGGAUCACUAUCAAUUCCCUCAACAGAAAGCAUGACUCUGGUAUGCUCACCUGACCUACUGUUUGUGCCACCAAAGGAAAUCGUUAACAUUUCUGUCAAGCUGGGUGGUGUCAAGAAUGUCUUGGGUAGGACUCCUGCAAGCGAAAUCAAAACUUUGGCAGCACUUCACAUUUCUUCCAUUAACGAGGUGACCAGGAGGCGACUUAGGAGGGUUAUUCCCACUUUGAGCAACAAGGACCUGAUUAAUUUUCUAAAGACUGAGCAUGGAGCUGGAAUGAACCGCUUGGUGACCCACAAGUUAACCAACGAAAAGGAUUUGCUGAAAGAGGAAACUCUGGAUGAGCUGAACGACUUUUCGGGAGCCAGUGCCUCCUUCCUUACCCAAGAUUUGGACGUUGAAAACAUUGAGCUUCGUGCUGAGGGAAUAGGCGCUGCUAGAACGUUGCAAGAGUUGGAUACUAUCAGCUCGUUCGUCAGCAUGAUCGACAAGGCAGUUGACGACAAUGAGGCUUCAUCGUCUGACAGUGAUCUGAAUAUUCGUGGAUGGGAUGUGGACCUUAAGGAAAUAACUCUGCAGGCAGACAACAACUAUAAAGCAGCAGUCCAAGUGACUAACUUCACAGACAAGCCGCAGAGCCUUGAAAUUGUUUGUGGUGAAGGAUUGGAAGUUGAGCCAACCCAUCCUACUUUGGCAGGCUACAAAACCGCCCUCAUAUUCAUAUCAUACAACCAAGAAACACAUUUUCACGUGUUAAUGGACAGUCAGGUUACUGUCUAUUCAAAGAAUGACAGAGUUCCUAUCUACGUGAGAGUGCUUCCAAAGCCGAGACAUCGUGUCGUUGACUCAUACAGGAAACCCUCAGAGUCAUCUGUAGCCAGCAGUGCUUCUUCUGGGAUUCCGCCGUCCCCUUCCAAAAGCAUGGCAUCAGAUGCUGACAUGAAUGGCGGCAGUGGCUCAGCUGAUGAAUACAGGCCCAUUGAUUUCUAUCGUGUUUAUGCAGACACCGACAACAUCAUUUUCCCAUACACUCCAAAAGGACUCGAGUCUAUUAUCACGGUGACUCUCUUCAACAGCUUUGCCAUUGACAAAACGGUCAAGAUUCUUCCACCUGGUGAGCCAUUCUGGAUUCAACAAGGCCCUUUUGUGAUUCCAGCCAAGUGGCACAAGUACAUCAGAGUAUACUUUAGACCAACCAUUGCCAGAGAUGUAGCAGGCUCGUUGAAGAUCAAGGUUGACGGGCAAGAGGAGAAGAUCGUCAUUGAACUGCAAGGACUUACUGACAACCAUUGAUACCUAUAAAGGAUACGUCUGAACGUGAUUUUGAUUGAAAUAUUUUGUUGCUUUUCUACAUGCUGUUUUAAUUUUGAUUGACAAUGUUGUCGCCUGACUGCUUGCAAUACUUACAUUGUUGUAUGUGAUAGAAUGCAAGGAUGCACAAUCUAGUAUUAAUGAACAGUCACCAAAGUAGCUGCAAUUAAGAUAAAACAGCUUGGUAUUUUAAUUAACACAUUGUAAGAUUUUAUAUCACCGUUGCUACUCUUGACCUGACUGUAGAACUGAAGAUUCCCUGUGGGCUUAUGCUAGUAUUAAUUUACAUCACAUGCAUUUACUCUCCCUUGUUUAGGAGAUCUUCAAGUGAAAACUGUUAAAUGGCAACAAUAUUCUACGAAAUUUUCGCUAUUAUAAUAAAAUUCAGUAAA